UGAAAUCACUGACCCGGAAGUACAUAGUUAUUCUUGCUUGCUUCACAACGGUCGCUGUUAUUGACAGUUAUUUAAAGAAUACGAUGGUAUUUGACUGGUAAAUAAUGUAAUCAAGAGGAGGUUAUCCAAUCACGGAUUGUCAAUAACACAUGGCAAGCAACUUGAAAUUUUGUUUUUGACGCGCACCAUGGCAGCUCGCUCAAGAUAUGAUGUCAACACAUACCCACAUUACACCCAUCUCCAGUUAUGAUGGGCACACAUGAUGACAUCCCCCUGGACAGUACUACGCCUAGCUUGACUAGCCACAACGAAGAGCGGAAUCUCCUUCGCAUCCGAGAGUGGGAGAGGCGGAACCAGGAAGCCCUCCAGGAGAAGGAGUUCUACCAGGAGAACGUUCCCCUUUUUGGGGAACCCUACAAGACAAACAAAGGAGAUGAGCUUUCCAGCCGUAUACAGAGGAUGCUGGGUAGUUAUGAAGAUGUGAAAAUCUCCAACUCUCAUCUGUGUUUGGACAGUAGCUUCUCUAAUGACCCCCCCAUCUCACGUCACCACAACAUAUUCUUACUCCGGUCCUCUCCACCCUGUCCCCCCCAGCUGAGCCCCUAUCCCCCCUACAUUCCAGUGACCCCAGUGACUCUGAGCCCCAGGACACCCCUGACAGGCACCAAGGAUCCCCCCCUGCACACCGAGGCGCACCCGGCCUCCCUCCUGCACCCCGACUCCCCUGUCCCAAUGGAGGGGUCCCCUCUGGAUGACCCCCAGAGAGAUAUCCCACUUCUGGCCAUUGAGGGAGCAACAACCCUGCCCUCUCAGACAUUCCCUCUACCACUGGCCUCUAAACCAAAUCUGGUCAUGCCCCAGAAGCCCACAGCCUACGUCCGGCCCAUGGACGGCCAGGACCAGGUGACCAGCGAGUCUCCGGACCUCAAGCCCUCUCCUGAAGGCUUCCAUGGACAGUCUUAUCAUGAACCCUUACCAGACUUGAAAAGCACCAAGCCCAGCCUUUCCAAACUGAAGAUUCCAUCACAGUCUAUAGAGACUCUGUCAAAUAAAGCUCACUGUGUGGAGGACAUUCUGAGGGAAAUGACCCACUCUUGGCCUCCUCUCCUGACUGCCAUCCACACACCCAGCACAGCUGAGCCCUCCAAGUUCUCCUUCCCAGUCAAGGAAGCACAGCACGUCCCACCUGCAUUUCCAGGACAAAAACACUAUGGAUCACCUCCGCUAGCCUCUUCCUCCAGACUCAUCUGUCAACAGAGCUCAUCGUCCUUCAGUACGGUUGUAGCAACACAUUCCAGUGGGGUGGAAUCAGCCAGCUCCAGUGACUCCGAGAGCAGCUCAGGGUCAGACUCAGACAGUGAGAGCAGUGAGAGUGGGACAGAGGAGGCCCCACAACCCAUCAGGAACAGCAGCCCACCAGUACCCAAGGCUGAAGGCCCCGUGGUGACUAACUGGCAGCUGAAUAACUGGAUCAGAGUGAGCCAGCAGAACCCCAUCACAGAGAGCCAGAGUGACACUGUCCAAAGCCCUUUACCAAAACAGCAGCAGAGCCAUGACUCAGAGGAGGAGGCCAUUCCUCCCAGGGACUACAAAUCCCACACACCACCACAAUACCCAGAGUUCAGCGAUAGUGAAGCCAAACCUCCAGGAAGUGAGGACGUUGCCUGCAAACAGCAUGUCCGCCACAAGUCCCCGGCCGUCUCACAUGUUGGGGACAGCAGCAGCCAGAGAAAAACUGUGGGGAACAAACAUCCCUCCAGACCAGUUAAGGCUCCCCGUUCUGAGGACUCCCAGGCUGGGCUGCGGGUGGAGAGUGUGGAGGUGGCCCCCCGCGACAAAGACCCCUCGUUCACAGACAGGCCAAAGGUCAAAACGAAAACCGGGCACAGCAGCAAGAGUGGCAGUGCCAUAACGGACAGUAAGAAGCCUGCCAAGCGCAACUCUUUGGAGAAGAGGAAGACUAAACAACCAGAGUCUGGAAGCAGUGGUCCCAAGAUGACUCUGAUGCUGGACUGUAAGAGGGAGAGGUCUCGCAGUCCCAGCCCUGCCCGGGUGGUGGAAACCUCAGUCAGUGUCAGGAAAGAGACCCUCCCGGCCCCUCAGAAGGGCCAGAAAACGCCCAGGAGCUACUCUGCAGCUGCAGCACACCAGGCCAAACGGGAGUCCUCAGCCAAAGCUUCCAGGGCCCCCCAGGGACCUCCACAUGCCCUGCUGGUGAAGAUUGAGCUCAAUCUGCUGUCCAGGGUCCCUCCCCAGGUCUCCAGGCCUUCACAUGGAGGCCAGGAACCAACCAGCAGGAAGAGACCCAACACAGCCCCAGAGAGGGGAGACGGGGACCCUUCUUCCCCCAUCACUACCAAAGUCUGCAAAAAGAGACCGGCUGAGAAGGAUGUGAAAUCCCUGCCAAGGAAGAAGCCAAAACUGGAAAAAGAUCCCAAACACUCCUCUUCAUGUCCUGGUUCCUGCAAGUCUGUAACACCCAAGAACCCUGGAGAGAGGAGGUGGAGAGGAAGCGGUCGAAGAAGGGGGCUUCUGUCCCUCUGCAAGACCCUGGGAAAGAGCCGGGGAGGCGCAAGCUGCAUGCAGGGGAGACCCCAGAGCCCAACGCUGCCUCAGCAGCCAAAAGCAAGGACAGGGAUGCCUCCACCCCCGUCAAACACAAGAGGCACUGGGAAACGACACACAGAGCAUUCCAAGACUGGCAAGGCCCCCAAGAGCAGCUUUGCCUUCUCUGUGCCUGCCCAGCUCACCGGGGGUUCCCUGUCCUCCAGACCCCUGCUCAAGGUCGAGGACAGGCAGCACCCAGUGGAGUAUCAUAUGAAGGAAGCCAAAAAACUCAAGCACAAAGCAGAUGCCACGUCUGAUAAGGUGGGCAAAGCUUUCAACUACCUCGAUGCUGCCAUGUCCUUUGUGGAGAGCGGCAUCGCUAUGGAAACCGAUCCCCAGACCCCGAAGUCGGCAUAUACGAUGUUUGCUGAAACCUUGGAUCUGAUAAGGUUCAUACUGAAACUGAAGGGCUCUGUGGACCCCUCUGCCCCUGUUACAGACAAGGAUUUUACAAUAUUAUGUAUGAGGUGCCAGUCCCUUCUACAGAUGGCCAUGUUUCGCUACAAAAGAGAAACGGCACUUAAGUAUUCAAGGACCCUCACGGAUCAUUUCAAGAGCUCCACCAAGUCUGCAGCCCCCUCCCAAUGUGUCUCAAAAAGCACGGGCACACCAUCCCCCAUGUCUCCCAUGCCGUCUCCUGCCAGCACAGCCAGCUCUGGGCCAGGCUCCAAUCACAGCAGUGGGGUGGGGAUGGGCAAUGUGAGCACUGUGGCCAUUCCCCAGGUCAUCCAGCAGGUGGCAUCGUCCUACGUCAAUAUCACAGCACUCUUCCUGAGUGCUCACGACAUCUGGGAGCAGGCUGACGAGCUGGCACACAGAGGCAGUGGUUUGUUGUCUGAGCUGGACUCAGCUCUGGGCCAGUUGAGCCUGACCUCCACCAUGAGCUCUCUGGUGCGUCACACACGGCAGGGACUGCAGUGGCUCCGACUGGACACCUGUGAGACACAGUGACUGUCUCUCAACCCCACCCAGCACUACAUAGCCCUGCUUACUCCUGCCGUACUCCUACAGUACCCAGCCCUGGAUAACCCUGUCCGGGACAUCCUAUUUGGCUUUAUUUAUUGACAGGCCAUCAGGCGAAAGCAGGAUCCCAAGUCCCUCCUCUACAAGUUGUUCAUAUAGAUACAAAGUCAACUUUUAUUAAAUUCUUCCCAACUACCUAUGAAACUGAUGUUCAGAGACCCUGUGUCCCACACACUUCCGGGGCCUCGUCCUCUGUUGGUCAUAUGGGUGGGUCCAUUAACAAAACAACUAUCACAUCCACCUCUGGAUCUCUGGAGGCAGCAGGGCCUGCUAGACCUGUAGUGAGCUGAAUGAGACUCUCCCUUUCUGAAUAAUUUAUCACAGAGCCAACUGACUGUGGCCUGGCCACCCCUCUGGGCCCUGUAUCCCCUGGGGGUUAGACCAUGGGAAGUUUGGCUGAAGAACUGACUUUUGGGAGGGGUCAAAGAGUCCUCCCACCCUUCUCCUGUGGUAAUGCAAAGCAGUGAUGAUAAAAAGCUUAUUUAUUAGCCUUAUUAUAUUAUCACUAUUUUUAUAUUGUUUCAGUAAAAUUUAGUUUGAUCAAAAGUGGUGUCAUGGCCAAUAUUUACUUCACCCAGCUGAAAAGGCCUAUAGAACUACAGGUAUCCAUCCAUCCCAGACCCAUCCUAUAAUAAUAGUAAUAAUAAUAUUGGUCAACUCCUGCAGAAUAUAACCAGUAUCUCUGUGCUCCAUAAACUAUUUCUAAAUUGGUUUUGCCCUGAAAAAUUGACAUGUCACAAGAUGGCCCUGGUCACUUUCUGUGAAUAUGUUUGUUUAUUAUUAUUCUUCUCUUUUCUCUUCAAAGGAGAUUGAAUCUACCUGCCAGGACGGGUCCACUAUGUUAAUUCAGUCAUAACAGAAAUAUAGUGCAUUCGGAAAUUAUUGAGACCCCUUGAGUUUUUCCACAUUUUGUGACAUUAAAGCCUUAUUCUAAAAUGGAUUAUAUUGUUUGUUGCCCUUCAUCAAACUACACACAAUACCCCAUAAGGGCAAAGCAAAAACAAGUUUAUAUCAAUGUUUUCAAAUUAAUAUAAAAAAAAUGAAAUCACAUUUACAUAAGUAUGCACACCCUUUUUCAGUACUUUGUUGAAGCACCUUUGGCAGUGAUUACAGCCUCGAGUCUUGGGUACAUUUACAUUACAUUUAAGUCAUUUA